GGGUAUAAGGAAUCCCAACAAAAUAUGUGAUUCUCCAGCCGCUGCAAUGACAGGACGAGGGUUUCGCUGUGCAUCUGCCUUUGGGAAGAUGAUAGGAUGAACCCUGCCUGUAUAACAUUUCCUUUGCAUUGACAACAGGGCAAGAGUCCACUUGUGAUCUGUUUAUGUGGUGGUGAACUCCCUUCUGAUUUGGAGUUGUUGCUGCGCAUUGAACGUGAUUGACCAGGGUAUCAUUUCAGGGAGGGCUGUGGGCGGCGUGUUCUCAGAUUAUUGUGAUAGGAUAGAACAGUCGUAGAUCAGGCCAUUGAGGAGGAAAUACGGGAUCGUGCUUGGAAGUGGUCUUUCUUGGGGUGAUGGGGCAGGUUCGCUGAAAGCUGAACUUCACGGGGGUGGAUCGAAGAUGUGUGUGGGCAUUUGUUUCACCGCCGAAAGCUUACCUUCGUCAGGGUGGAUGGUUUCGGGCAUGGCUUCGGGCAGGCGUUUGUUUCACCGCCUUCGUCAGGGUGGAUGGCUUCGGGCAUGGCUUCGGGCGCAGGCGUUUGUUUCAGCUGCUCCCAGUCAAUGAAGCACCCUAAGGUGGGUUGUACUAUGCCGAAUGCCAUCUGAACAGCAUCCUUUUGAAGUCUUCCAGUAACCCCUUUUGAAGUCUUCCAGAAGAAAGGAAGCGUCCAUUGGCAUCUGAACAGCAUCCUUUUGAAGUCUUCCAGUAACCCCUUUUGAAGUCUUCCAGAAGAAAGGAAGCGUCCAUAGCGUGCGGUUGGUAUGGCAAUUGCAGUCAGUUUGUGCAGGGAGGCAAGUGUUUAUGUAUGCAGCAGCACUAAGAGGAAAUAGGGAUCAUUGUGUGCAUUGGCUGUGUACGUGUCGGAGAUCUUUUUGAAGUCGUCUUUGAUAGCAACUGCAUGCGUUGCAGUUGGGUGGACUGCAGCUGCAGAUGAUGCGGUUAAAGGACAUACAUACUCGCAUGGUCCCCCAUUUGGGGGGAUCAAUUCAAGGUGAGUGUCCUCAGUUUAAUCAGGUGGAAGAUGUGUGUACACAAAAAGAUCGUCCAGGUGAAGGUAAUGUGAUCUGAUAGCUGCAUUUAUCUGUACCCUUUUCACAAUUGCGGUCUAGCCAAUCCUCUUAUCUAUGUGAUGCCUAGAAUGCAUGGAGUCCCUUUUUAACCCUUCUUGCAUUUAGUUCAUUCUUGCGUUGUGGUCUACACAGUUCUCUAUCUAUAUGAUGCCGUGAGUCCGAUUGUUUUGGCGAAGUGGAGUCGCAGUGAGGGCCAUCUUAAAGGGCGCACUUGCAUUUAGUCCGUUCUUGCGUUGUGGUCUACGCAGUUCUCUAUCUAUAUGAUGCCCUGAGUUCGAUUGUUUUGGCGAAGUAGAGUCGCAGUGAGGGCCAUAAAGGGCGCGCUUACAUGAGGAUGUGACUGGAUCUGAUCUCGAGCGCAGCCAGAUUCAGUAUACAAAUCCAAGUUAGAGUGUUUGUGGAAUUCAUGUCUAUCCAGUGCGUUCUUCCAGUCUGGUUUCAGUGGGUCUCUGUCUAUACGCUGAAUUGGGGUGUGGUUAGUACAUGUUCCCACUAGUACUUCGCUGGAUGUUUCCAACUCAUUCUGCAAAAACCAGGUGUGCGUAUGGCCUUGUAGCUGGCAACGUGCGCAUACAUGGGAAGAUCAGGGUAGUGGAUGAAGUGUGGUUGUAGCGAUUGUGUGAGAAGGCAACCGCCGAGUUGUUGUAGGGGGACUGGACACAUCUGUUGUCAGUCAAGUGAUAACAGUCAGCCGACAGAGAACUUGAUCUGGUUUGCCCCAAGACUGCAGGUUGCGGCGAGGGGAGUGAGCGCAGCUCGGCAUCAGUUUGGCUUUUUGCCGGGGAGGGUUGUCAAGCGCAGCAAGCACAGAGUGUUCAGGGAUGUUGGAACAACCACGAGAGCUGUGAGCGCUCUGAGGAAAGUUGGCUUGUGAGUUCAAGAGCUCUGAUGAAGAUUUGCGGAGAAGCUUUCCAAGAGUGGAGAACCUGUCGAACGCAGCAGGCACAGGUAACGAAGGGGGGAAGGGCACGAUAAGGAAUGACUGAAGUUUCUGUCCAGGAAAUGGAAUGACACUUGUCCCACAUUGUUCGUCCGGGGGAAUGGUUACUAUGUUCCAGCAGCGGCCUGUCGGAGAGUUUUGCAAGCUUGAGGACUCCCUAGUAUAGACUGGGAGCAGUGACUCUCUUUUUUGUAUGUGUGUGUGUGUGUGUGUGUGUGUGUGUGUGUGUGUGUGUGUGUGUGUGUGUGUGUGUUUUGUUGUUUCCUGAAUUGCUUGUAGAUUGGCUCUUGGUUUGAAGUGUGGCUAGUAGUAUGUAGACCUGCAGAUCUGAAUUGACUUUUUUUUCUGCAUUUUCUGUGUAGACUGUUGCAGUGUCGUUUAUGCAGUAAUAGUGAGAAAUGUGUAGUUGGUGAGAUCUUCAGCCGCCGGCCUAGACGAAACAGAAAGGAAGGCAAAGUGGUUCUUCAGGCAAAGUGGUUCUUCAUCUUGCCUCCCUUUUGCUUCUCUGCAGGAUCAACGUGUCUAGUAGUAUGUAGACCUGCAGAUCUGAAUUGACUUUUUUUUCUGCAUUUUCUGUGUAGACUGUUGCAGUGUCGUUUAUGCAGUAAUAGCGAGAAAUGUGUAGUUGCUGAGAUCUUCAGCCUCCGGCCUAGACGAAACAGAAAGGAAGGCAAAGUGGUUCUUCAGGCAAAGUGGUUCUUCAUCUUGCCUCCCUUUUGCUUCUCCGCAGGAUCAACGUGUCGCCCCAGCAAAGUGAGACAAAGCAUAUUCUUUUGUACAGUCCCCAGUAUUGCCUUGUGCAGUGCUGAGGGAGAUUUUUCAUGCAGCAGCUGCAUAAUUGCUGCUUCCGAUUGGCCACCAGGUAGGCUUCCUCUCUCUUUUUCCCUCCUCUCUCCAUCGAUCAGGCACAACCCAUUCUUCAUCGGCGUGUCUGCACUCUGUUGUAGGGAAUGCUCCGUGUCUGUGUGGAGUUGAUAGUCGAUGCCUGCCCAUUUAGCCAUGCUCCUCUAACACUUCUUUUCCUCCCCAUGGCUUGGGUGUGGAGCCCUUUCAUGAUACGGGCUCCGUGCCAAUCUUUUGCCCUCGUCCGCUUGUGUAAGUCUGUACUCAUCGUAGUUGUGCAGCUGAUUCUUUGGUGUUUGGUUUUUCGAUCCCUUGCCCCUCCCUUCCCACUGGCCCCUCCUCCCCCAUGUGUAGCUCGAGUGUAUGCUGUUUACUUUGUGUAGUUUAGGCUGGAGAGAUCUCCUCUAUUCUCUUUAUGUGCAGUAGCUGGAGACAUCUAUUUUCUUUCCCUUGUGUAGUUUAGGUGAGUUUUAACUUUCUGAAGUUUGUCUGAUCAAUCUUCAGCCUUCCUGUUCAGCAGUUGGACAUGCACAUCGUCGUCUGCGGUGCCGGCUUUUGUGACUGUGGAAGAAGCUGCGGUGCCGGCUUUUGCGACUGUGGAAGAAGCUGCUUCUACAAGUUCUGUUGAUCAGAAGAACGGGCAUGGCUACUGUCUAGGUGUGCAAAUCCUGUAGACACGAAGACCAGUGUGGGAAAUAAAGGGGUCUUGGCUGGGUUAUUUCAGCCUGUGUCAGGGCUGACAGGACUGUUUUUGAAAGGAAGACGGUUUUCCCCGCAGACUAUUUUCGUAGUGUGAUACCUCCAUUUGCUGGUGAUUUGAUUUGUCUCCGCUUUUCCUCUUCCACCUCACCUUGUCCAUCUCCCCUCUACCCCCUCGUUCUCGCCUCCAGCUUAAUCGGUUCCUACAGUGGACAUAAUGUGUGUAUGCUGCUUUUGACUUUUAGCUACAGUGCCUGCCACCUGUCAAUGUUUGAUAUGCGUUCUAUCACCUCCUCCUCUCUCUUAUGUGAGUGCUACGGCCUUUAGAUAUG